AUGGAAAAUGGUAUUAAUAUGAAUAAUAAGGCUAAUAAUUUAAAUGAAUUAAGUAUGGAUGAUCAAGUUUUAAAUGUAGAUGAAACUCAGACAUUAUUAAAAGAUUCAUAUGAUUUUAAUACUUCUAAUAAGAAUGAUAAUAAAAGAAGAGAUAAACUAAAAAUUAAACCAAAAAGACGGGAUAUUAAAGGUUUCACAAAAAUGGCAAAAUUUGCUGCAUCAAAAAUAAAAGAUAAAUUUGAAAUUUCAUUGAAAAUGGUUGAAAUUCAAAGAGAAAAUACUAAUUUUAAUAUGAAAGUAAUGAUAUUAAUAUGGCUUACUUUUCAAAAUUCAGCACACAAUCUUCUUAUUCGAUAUUCUAGAGCACGUAAUGUUGAAGAGAUGUUUUUUGCAACUUCAGCUGUUUUUAAUACAGAAAUUGUUAAAGUAGUUAUCUGUUUAUACAUGGUUUUUCAAGAAACAGGAAGUUUCAAUGGGCUGAUAAAGCAAAUACAUACACAAGUUGUUAGGCAACCAUUUGAUACAUUAAAAGUAUGUAUUCCAGCGAUGAUUUAUAUAGUGCAAAAUAACUUGUUCUAUCUUGCUGCAUCACACCUUGAUGCUGCUUCUUUCAUGAUUACAUCUCAACUUAAAAUUUUUACAACCGCCCUCUUUUCUAUAACAUUAUUAAGGAAAACUCUUUUAAAAACUCAAUGGAUUGCAUUAGUAAUAUUAUUUAUUGGUGUUUCCCUUGUUCAAAUGCAAACAGGAAAGACUGGUGGUUUAGAUCCUAAUCAGAAACCUUUCAUAGGUUCAUUAGCUGUUGUUGGAGCAUGUUGUUUAUCAGGAUUUGCUGGUGUAUAUUUUGAAAAAAUUUUAAAAGGUUCUGCUCCUGUUUCUAUUUGGAUGAGAAAUGUUCAAAUGGCUAUUUUUUCUAUACCUGCUAGUUUUAUAAGCAUGUUUACACAAGAUGGGUCAUAUAUAAUUGAGAAAGGUAUUUAUUAUGGGUAUGACUUUGUUGUGUGGUUGACUGUAUUUUGGUAUGGAGUAGGGGGUUUAUCAGUUGCUGUAUGCAUUAAAUAUGCAGAUAAUAUAGCUAAAAAUUUUGCCACGUCAGUAUCAAUUAUCUUAAGCACUGUUGGAUCAAUGUAUUUUUUUUCAUUUAUCCCAAAUGCACUAUUUAGUAUAGGUGCUGGACUUGUUAUAUUUAGUAUAUUUUUAUAUAGUUCCACAAAUAUUUUCGUAAAAUUGUUAAAGAAACAAACAGUUGUUUGA